AUGUUUACUCAAAGGAGUCGUAGACAACAGAACUAUGGGGUAUAUUUGCUGGCUUAUCAUUUGCUUAACAGUGAAUACAUACCACCAGUAACGUUGGGAACAAUUCUUUUUCAAGUUGCCAUUUUUCUUGGUUAUAUACCGGCGAUUGACCAGUGGAAAAUAAGAGAAAUGUGUUUGCUACCGUCAAGAAUUAUAUACAGGCGGGAGUGGAUUCGUCUACUGGCUUCUACGGUGAUUCAUGCAGAUGAUAUGCAUCUAUACUACAACAUGAUUUCUUUCCUGUGGAAAGGGCGGCGUUUGGAGUCAUUUUUAGGACCUUUGAGAUUUUUAAUCCUAAUUAGUGUAUUUAUUGUCAGUACCGGUGUUUGUGUGGUUAUGUUGAGUUACUUGUUGGAAGUAAUAUUAGGUUUUCAUGCGUUGCAACUGAUGAGUCAGUGUGCUGUUGGUUUUUCAGGUGUUAUCUUUGCCCUCAAAGUACUUCACAAUUACUAUUUCCCAUACACCGACUCAUCAUUUCUUGGCUGGUUCCCGAUUCCUUCACGUUACACAUGCUGGGUUGAAUUGUUAUUAAUUCAGGUUUUGACUCCAAAUGCUUCGUUUAUAGGGCAUCUAGCUGGAAUCAUUGUCGGGCUUCUGUAUGUAAAUGGUCCUCUUAAAGCUCUGAUUUGUUGGCUGGAAAACCUUACAGCAAUUUUACUCGGUAUACGGACUGAUCGUAACCGUUUUUUUCAGACAAGAAGGGACGGAUCUCAUUUUUGGAGUUUUGAUGCAUCAGAAGAAAGGGACUAUUCGGAAUUUACUGCUGGAAUGAGUGAAGAAGAGCAACUCAGGUUUGCUCGUGAGGAAAGUCUACGAAGACGGUACCAGAACUCCCCAACUGCUCCUCCGUAUCCACCCUAUUAA